GCUUCCGCCUACUGGAGGUACCAGGUCACAACACACUUUAGAGUUAUUUCAAUAACGUGGAGUAGCAGUGGAGUAAAAAUCCUAAAUGGAGGCGGGAAAACCCUGAAUUAUAUGCCACGAACCAGAAUCUUUAAUACGGAAAUCAGCGUGGAGGAAGAUUUCUUAUGUUAUCAGAUUUUCAGAUUCAUCGAGGGUCAAGCUGAAUGGACUACCAAACAAUAAAAUGGAUCUCUGUUAUGAGGCUUUGAAUGGAUCCUGUGGGAAGUAUGUACGACCGUACAGCGUCCACAUUCCGAUGCUCAUCGCCGUGAUGUUGAUCACCUUUGUGACCGUCAUUGGGAAUUUACUGGUCAUCAUCUCCAUAGGGCAUUUCAAGCAACUCCACACACCAACAAACCAGCUGAUUCUGUCUCUCGCUCUGUGUGACUUUCUGCUCGGGCUGUUUGUAAUGCCGUUGAGUGCUGCUCGUUCCAUUCAGGGCUGUUGGUACUUUGGUGAUUUCUUGUGUAAGUUACACACAUGCAUUGACAUUACUCUCAGCACCGCUUCGAUUUUCCACCUCGUGAGUGUGUCUGCUGAGCGCUGUUGCGCCGUGUGUUGCCCACUAACAUAUCAUUCCUGCAUCGGUUUUCCAACGGUGCUGGUAAUGCUCUCUACCAGCUGGCUGAUCCCUGCCAUAUUCGCUUACGUGAUUACCUUCUUCGAGCUCAACCUUCAGGGCGGUAAGGACUUCUAUGAAACACAUGUACGCUGUGUGGGAGGAUGCCACGUCUUCUUUAGUCACGGUCCGGCGGUGGUCACCUCCCUGGUUUCCUUCUACAUCCCCGGCUUCGUCAUUAUUGGGAUCUAUUCUAGAAUCUACAUGGUGGCCCAAAAGCAAGCGAGAUCUAUUAGUCAUCAGCUGAACCAGCUGAGGAAAAGUUAUUCAUCGAGAAGCACACAACGUCAGGCACAGAAGGCUACAAUAACGAUCGCUAUCGUGGUUGGAGUUUUCCUGGUUUGCUGGACUCCCUUUUUCCUCUGUAACAUCCUGAAUCCUUUUAUUGGCUACGCAACACCCCCGAUGCUGAUUGAUGCGCUUGUUUGGCUUGGCUAUGUUAAUUCCACCUUAAAUCCUUUUAUUUAUGCAUUCAUGUAUUCUUGGUUCAGAAAAGCUGUAAGGAUUAUAGUAACUGGGAAAAUAUUUCAACACAAUAGCAGCAGAAAACAGUUAUACUUGUAACUAAUGCCUAAUUCGGAAUAGCAUACUACUCUUACUACAAAUCAUUUGGGCCAAUUAAUUUGCUUCCAAAAGGCCCUGUUUACACCUGGUAUUAAGAUGCGUUUUGGUCAAUUGAAUCGCAAGUGGACGACGCUAAACACAGGUGUAAACGGGGUGUAAAAUGUUUUGAGCUUGUCCGCUUUUGACCACUUCCAGAGGUAGUCGAAAACACAUUUGACCGGAUUGCUUUCCUAGUGUAGACUCUCAUGUGGUCGAAUGCAUUUCAAACAGCCGCAAAAGACCGCCUACUCUCCGCCUGCUUACCUAAUGCUUAAACAUUAUGGGAAGCGCGCUAGCCAGACAGGAUUUAAACUUUGUCGGCUGAAGAAAAACGUUAAACCCAGUGUUCUCCCACUGUUCCUGAUUUCUUUUUAAAUGCAAUCUCAUAACACCAUUAAAUAUGUAAUGUCUGUAUUAUAUGUUCUUUUAUUAAUUUGGACAUUUCCAAAUAAAUUUAUUUCAGAAUUAUAUUCCAAAGUAACAAAGACAUUAUAGAUUUGACCCUGAAAUUCGAAAUUGAGAUUGCUCCCCCUAGCAGUGAACCUUUCUGAAAUUUUCCAAAACAGCUGUGACAUAACGAGGCCUCACUUGCUGAUUAAAUCACGUGACUUUGGCAGUUUUAUACCUGCUCCGAACCACAGUUUUGAAUCUUUUGUUUCAAAACAGUGGUUCGGAGCGGGUAUCAAACUGUCAAAGUCUCGUGUCACGAAGCAGUUUCAAAAGUGCACAUCAAUACUCUUAACAUCUUGCCGUACCUUAUACUAUACAUGGCAGUAAUAGUAACAGCAGUGUUCAUGUAUGCUAUUUCAUAUUCAUCAUUGCAGUUGAGUCAAGUUCCAACAUCAUAUAGAACAAACUUUUUCAAAAUGAAUAGUUUAUCCCAAAAUUAUAUUUCCAUUAGAAUUUUGACUGUGUGAAAAACCAUAAACAUAGUCUAUACAGUUUGUGCACUACACUACAUUCCAAGUCCUCUGAAGUUUUGUGAUGCAAAGACUGCAUUUUCCAUUUAAAAAAUAUUCCUUUCUGCGGCAGCUCUUAAAUGUCUUUUUGCAUUUGUUAUUUGUCAUAUGGCCUCAGAAGAUUUAAAUCGUUUUUAUGGUGCUUCCCUGGUAAGCUAUACAUUGCUAUUGAAGCAGGCUGGAAUAAGGAAAUACUACAUUUUACAGUGAAUUUAUUGCAGUGCACCUCAGAAGAGACAUCAGUGUGCAAAAGAGAGUCACUAUUAAUAACUGGUUGUCAGAUAUCCAAACUCUGUCUGAACAGAUAAUAACUAAAAUAGUAGUAACAAAAGCAGCUUAUUAGUGAACAUUUUCUGUAAUGAAACGGUAUCAUAGCCAUGGGUGCUAUUAUUAUAAUGCUCACUUAAAUGCAUUUAUGCUGAUGAUUUAUAAUAAUGCACUCCUGUAUGAUUUACUUAAUACUAAAUCUAGUAUUAUUUCAUGCUGUUUGUGUUUAUGUUGUUUUUAGAGUCGAAGGCCAUCUGUUACAUGAUUGUUUGUAUUUUAGUUUUAGUUCUCUCUUAAUAAUGUUAAACUCUUUCACUCUACUCAUUUAAUCUGUUGUUGGAUUUGAAAGUUUGGAUCAAAGUGCUGGUGUGUGCUGUUUGUCUCUUGACUGCCAUUUCAUGAUCUUUAUCCGCCUGGGAUAAAGAUCAGUGGGUGAUUAUGGGUAAACAGGCUGAUGUCAUACUGCACCUGAUGGGUUAUUAGUGUGGAGGAGGCUGUUGUUGUAUUCAUCCUAAUGACUGACAGUGUUAAUGAUGGGACUUCACACAUUUGGAUUUUGAGGCAUGUUUGAGAGUCAUUAAAAUGGAGUGGUUGUAAGUCUCAUGGGAACUUUUGUUCACCAAAAUAACAGAAAACAUUACAUCACUGCAGAGGAGUGUGUUUGUGUAUGGGGAGUUUGUUUUGUCCCUAUGCAUGUGUGUUUAUGUGACAAUAGAUAUGAAGCAAAAGCAAAUGUAAUUUAAUGUGAAUUAAAUUAAUUUUCAUGAAAUAAAAAAUGUAAAAUGU